CUUUUCUUGGUUUAAUCAUAUAAAUAAUGAGUACGGAAUUACAACUAAUUGAUGUUAUAUUAUUUAAUCAUGUCUAAUAAUUUUUCUCCUCAGUAGCUUUAAGAAUACUGCUUUAUGACUAGGUAAUUGAAAGGACAGUUAAAAACAAAAUUUUUCCCACUACUGUUGAAUAGUUUUCUUCAGAAUGUCACCCUGCCUUUUAUUGCACCCUGUAAUAAAACUACUUGAAUUGCUAAGAAUGGGGAAGAGAUUGUUUCUGAUGAUUUUCCACACUUUGACCCUCCCCAUUGUAAAAGAUUGCUGUUAGUACUUUUCUGUUAGUUUGAAAAGGAUAUUCCUGUUAACAACAUCUCUCCACACAAGCUCUGUUGGAUAUUUGAUGCCAGUUGCACUUUGUAUUUUUGAAAAUAAUUUGAUUUAAUAAGAAAAUAUGAAGAUUGAAGACAGCAACAAACUUUGUGUUCAGCCACUUGGACGAGAUGAACAAGGGAAUAUUUAUUGGUAUUUUUAUGGAUUGCGUCUUUAUAGAGAAGAAUGUUCCAUACCACCAGAAAGUCUGAAAAUGCUGUGGGAAGAAGAAUGGAGAAGAGAAUGUGAGAAAUAUUUUAACAAUAAAGAAAGAAAAAUGAAGUAUAAAAGCAAAAUUAAAUAUUAUCGAAAGAAAAUGAAAUCCUUUGAAAAAAAUAAAUUGAAGAAUUUGAAAGAUCAAAAUCAUUCACAACCAAAAUGGACUGUUAUAUGUAACACCUUAGAAGAUUGGUAUAAGUUAGCAGAAAGACUUCGUAAAAGCAAAUCAUUAUGGGAGAAAAAAUUAUACAAUGUUUUAGCUGAUGGAUUUCUUGCUGCAAUAGAAAAAUUAGCUGAAGAGAAGGGUGAUAUUUCAGAUUACAAAUAUACAGAACGACGAUCUUCUGCUAGAAUUGAAGAAAAGCAAAGAGAUAAGGAAAUUUUUGACAAUUUUGCAUUAAGAAAUGAACAGACAAUUCAAAGAAAUCAGAGAUCAGAUAUUGUUGGAAAAUCAUAUUCAAAGACUGAAAAAAGGAAAAUAGAAGAAAAGAGAAAUGAUGAUGAUGAUUUAUCUUCUAACUUAAAUACGGUAUUAAAUCUUGAUAGUGAGAGUGCUUCUGCAUCUGUGACUGAUGAAAACUUUUUUGAAAAUCUUUCAAAAGCUCUUCAAUGUAUUAAAAAUCAUAAGCAUGCUUGGCCAUUUCUUGAACCUAUAGAUGAAAAUUAUGCACCUGGAUAUUAUAACAUUAUUAAGUAUCCUGUAGAUCUAGCUAAAAUAGAAAUGAAAGUCUUGCAGAAAACUUACACUUCUUGGCAGGAUGUUGAAAAAGAUUUCCAACAAAUUAUUCACAAUUGUAAAAUGUACAAUGGACCAAAUAGUGACAGUAUUUAG